AUGUCUACCUCAACUAAAGGAAUUGAUGAAGACGCAAAAAAAGUCGUAGACCUUUUCCGCGAUGUUUUCGGUUUCAUCCUGGUUUUAGAGCUGGCUCGUUCAUUCCAUGCCAAAGGCAUUUUACUUCAAGGAACAUUUAGGCCCACACCCGAAGCAUCCUCUCUCUCGACAGCACCACACUUCCGCCGCCAUUCAACAUCUGUGAUCGCUAGGCUUUCGAAUUCCGGCGGAGUCCCUACCCAGCUGGACGCUGAUCCGGCCAACAACCAAAACGGGCUGGCGUUGCGUUUCCUCCUCAGCUCAUUUCCACGUCGUGAAAAGACGGACAUUGCGACUGUCUCUACUCCAUUCUUCCCAGCUGGGAAUGUACCAGACGGUGUUGGAUUCUUUCGUGCGCUGGCCACAUACAAGGUGGAGGAGUUUAUUCGCACUCACCCCGCCGCUGCUGCGUUCAUCAACGCACCGAAGCCGUUCCCGGCCAGCUUUGCAACGCAGCAGUUCUUCAGCAUCAAUGCGUUCAAGUUUGUCGGAAAGGAUCAUAAGGAGACAUAUAUCCGAUACCGCAUCAUGCCAAAAGAUGGAGUCUUCCAUCUAGACGAAAAGGAGGCAGCCUCUAAGCCACCCAACUACCUUUGUGACGAGCUGGUGAAAAAGCUCGAGACUGGCCCGAUCGAGUAUGAGCUUUUGGCUCAGAUUGCCGAGGCUGGCGAUGUGACCGAUGACUGCACGGUGCAUUGGCCGGAGACACGUAAGCUGGUAAAGCUGGGGGUAGUGAGUCUCGAGUCCAUCCUGCCGGACAGUGAUGAGGAACAGAAGAACCUUCAGUUUUUUGAUCCUGUCCCGAGGGUUGAAGGCAUCGAGACUUCUGGCGACCCGCUCAUUGACCUUCGCUCAGUUGCUUACCGGUUUAGCGGAGCGGAUAGACGAGCUGCUUAA